CUUAGAAUUGGCACAGUAUACCGGGCAUCUUGCAAGCGAUUAAAUCAAAGUGUUAUAAUAACUAAUAAUUUAAUUUUAAAACAAAUAAAAAUCAAAAGGAUUUAUAAAUCUUGUGAUAUCAAAGGAUUCUACAGCAAUACAAUAAAUACAAAAAUAAUAUAAAAAUGGAAAAUUUUUCAACAAUUGUCGUUUUAUGUCUGGCGAUGUUCGCUACAACAGUCAUUGCCCAUCCAGGAUAUGCUGUGGAUUAUUAUGAUCAUCCUAAAUAUGCUUUCAAUUAUGGUGUAGCUGAUCACACAACUGGCGAUGUUAAGUCACAGCAUGAGACUCGUGAUGGUGAUGUUGUUAAGGGUCAAUAUUCCUUGGUUGAACCUGAUGGUUCCAUUCGUACCGUUGACUACACAGCUGAUCCCAUCAACGGUUUCAAUGCUGUUGUUUCUAAAUCAGGACCUUCAGUACAUGCUCAUGCUGUUGUUGCCAAGCCCGUGAUACACAAGACAAUCACACCAAUUGUUAAACAUGUCCAACAACCAAUUGUUCUAGCCUCACCAGCGCCUUAUGUCGUGUCAAAGUCCCAUUAUGCACCACAACAACCCAUUCAUUACGAUUAUGAUAACUAUGCUGAUGGACAAUAUUACGAUGAUGGUUACAAUGGACACUAUGAAAGUCAAUAUGGACACUAUGAUCAUUAUUAAAUCAAGUGAUAUAAAUAUUUAAGAGAAACAAAAUCAAUGAUCUUAUGCUUAUAAACAAUACAAAAAAAUCAACAGCAACAUCAACAUAAAUAUCAACUACAAGAAGAAUAAUAACAAUUUAACCAAAUGUGCAAAUAUUUUAUUUUCUUUUUUCUUUCUUUUUCAUAUGUUUUAUGUUAUUUUAGAAUGUUUGUAUUUUGUAAAUAGUUUUCUUUGUACGCUUUUUAUAUAUCAACUUAACUUACUAUUGUUUCUAUGUACUCAAAAAAUUUCACACACGUCUUUCUAUUUUAUUUUAUUACUUUUUUUUUAAUUCUCCUAGAAUUUAAGUUAUUUCCAAUCCUUUUUGUGUUCGAAUUUUUGUAGAGUUUCUCGAUGUGACUGACAUUAAUGACAUAUAAUUAUUAUUGAAAAGAACAUAAAAAUAAAAAUUUAAAUUUAUAUUAUGAUAAAACAAAAAAGAAGUAAAUUAUAAAGUAUUUUUUAUUUUAUGUUGCAAGUUUCUAUUACAACGAUUUUAUGCAAGUUACCAUGAUAAUGUUAUAAGAAAUAAAAUGAAGAAAGUCAAUUCAAAAAUGGA